GCUUUUAGGGACAGAAGCCUAAGUUGAAAAGAACAGGGAGCGAGUGUGGUACCCGAGGGUUACCCGAGGAGAUCGAAGUUUAACGCGAAGGCCGGUGUUGUUCAAAUUUCAAAGCGGCUAGGCGUCGCUCUUUUCUCUUCCCCGUUGAAGAAGAGGAAUUCACUCCCUCAAAACUCAAAAAAAGCAGGUCGGGAAGUACGAGGAAAGGCUGAGCCUGAAUUCAGGCAGCGGGCGAUGGUGGCGUGGCAAGGCAGAUUUGUACGGAAUGCAGCAGCAGCAGCAACACUGCUCCUCUACGUCUACAAGAACCAGAAACCCGAUGGCAUCCUGCAGCCUCGAUUCUCCCAAAUUUGCAAUUGGAUGUCGGAAUUUCGGCCACCAGACCCAAAUCGAAAUCGAAAUCGCAAUUGGAUGCCGUAAUUUUGGCGCAGUUCAUGAACGGAAUAUGGUUUCUGUUGUUUCCCCGCGUUUUUAUGCGAUCGUUUCUCAUUCUUUUUCUUGCUAC